CGUGCUGACACGUUUGGCACUUGACUCAACGGAGUCGCGUCCGCAACGUUGGGAGGCCAAGGCCAUGAAAACCAAUAAGCAGAAUAUAUCAUUUUAGAUAUGAGGCAGGAUGCAGCUGCACUUCUGAUGCAUCAAACAAAUAAAAUUAAUUGUGGCAGACCGAGACCAAUGAGAAGAAUAUACGUCAUCUCAGAUAAGAAGUGUUUUAUCUUACUGUAUAAAAAUGGAGUCAGAUGUUGGGAGGGCAGAUGAUCUUUGAGCACCUCUUUGAGGGGUAUUGAUUGUCUCACUUUGUUGGCUCGAGCGAAUAAAGUAAUUUUUGUUUGACACCUGGAACCUUUGUCUCCUGAGUAUUUUUUCUUAUGAAGAUUCAAGCUAAGACUUUUUGCCACAACACUCUCAGGUUUAAAAUGACAGAAUUAAUUUUUAAAAAAUUAUAUCAACUAAACAUAGUUAGUUAGGAUAUAUCAUAAUAGUAAUAUAAUUAAAUAACUAGUUAGAUUUUUUUUCAAUAUUUCUAAAAUAGUCUACUUUAAUAUCAGUCUGCUAAUCGUGCUGAUGAUGACGUAUACAAAAUUAAUUGCUACAUUUCCCGCCGCAGUGAUGCAAAUUCAUUUCACACAUUAGAUGUUUAUGUUAUUUAGUCAAACAAAACUUUAACCCAAACGUGAGUUAUUUUUUAUUUAUAAGAGAACCAUAAGUCUGUUUCUACAGUUUCCAUGGAUAGCGUUUAUUAAAUAUUAAAGCAUUUGGUGUCAAAUUGACACCCUCGUGUCACACGAAGCUAUUUAUCUGAAGAUCAGCAUAGACCUUUAAUGUAAUAGCCAUGCACUUCACCUGUGCCCGACACCAAUUUCAGUCAAACAAACGUAGUGGCCUAUAAUGUAGAAUGUUUAACCGAAGAAUGGAGCGCCGCGCAUCACUUGAAUCACGUGAGGAGGACGGAGGAACACAGAGGAGAGUGAGAUUCCGCGUGGCAUCAGCUCGCAGCGGUCGCGUGCUACAGGAGGUGUUCAGCGAGUUUGAUGCGCACGAGGACUCUGCUGAUACAGACACAAGUGUGAGCUCAGAACCCGAGCGGGCCAGCUCACCAGCCAUCAGCGAGGUAAACAGCCAUCUGAGCGGACUCGAACCGGACGACAGCGGUGGCGAGCAGGACGAGCUGCUCAUGUACGCCAGCGCUAGACAAGAAAAGCUGUUCACCGGUAAACGCGUGAAAAUCUUCAGUAAGAACGGAACUAUACGGGGCGUCAGAGACAAAGUGAGCGCGGGACAGGUGUUGUUUAACAACCUGUCCAAAAUGUAUGCGGACUCCCUUAUUUUAAACCGGCCUAAAAGACAUUGAGAGUUUGCCUAUAAACAGCUUCUGAAUGGCCUGCAGCAGAACACAAAGUACUUCACUCCGGAUGGAUGUUUAACAGGAUUCAGUGUGCAUGGAAGUGAUGAACAUUGGCCAAUGAUUUUCCUUUUGAGAGAUUUUGUGUUUAUUGUAGUUCUGUAAAUAUAUUUUAUAUGAGGUUUUGCAAAAGUCAGCAUUUGAUUGUAAUAUUAUCUCUUUCUGGUAAAUUUUUCUGUAGUUCACCAGGUGUUGUGAGGAAAUUAUCCUUCUGAUUUUAUAGAAAGUAAGAUGAUGUAAAACAUUUUAUACAUAGCUCUACAUUUUAAUGCAAUAAAAAUAUUUUUGUCUGAUUAAAUUGUGUCUCUUAUUUUAAGUAACCCAUAUUUAACAGGUCCAGGAGCCAAAAAGUAUUCAAAUUAGGGCUGGGCAUAGAUUAAUCUUGAUUAAUCUCAUA